UGACUUCGCCGCGCCUCGGAACCUGUUGGUUGCCAGGUGUAGAAGGCGGGCUGCGGCAGGCAGGCCCGGGUCAGCCCUCACAGCGGCCGGGCUGCGAACGCCCCGCUGCGCCCUCCCUAACCGGCUCUUGUGAGAUGAGGAAACUGAGCCUCAGAGAACUUAAGCUGUGAACAUCCUGUCUCACACACAUCUAUUGAAAUAUACAGAAAAAGAGUACAGACAAGCAUGGAAAGUGAGGACACAAAGAAAAUACAAGAAAUAAAGACCGACCUGAAUUUAUUAUUGGAGUGUUUGAAGUAUCAAAUGGACAACCCUUCUUCACAAAAGGAAGCUUUGGUCACCAUUCAUUCAAUUUGUGAACACAACAGUACUGCAGGUGUUUAUUUUUGGGAAAUUGGCGGUUUGAUGUUUGUAAAAGAUCUUGCAAAGUCAAGCGAACAUAGCAUAGUGAAAGAAGCAGCCUUAUAUACAUUAGGAGCAGUUGCAGAAAACAAUGUUUACUGUCAGCAGUCUUUGUGCACUUCAGAGUUGUUUGAAGACCUAACCUGGUUCUUAUCUAAUAAUGAUUCGAAUACAAAUUUGAAAAGAAUGUCUGUCUAUGUUAUUUUGGUUCUAGUUUCAAAAAAUAGAACUGGACAAACACUUGUGAGAGAAACAGGUUGUAUUACAGUUCUGUCAAAGUUGUUCAGGGAAGCUCUUUCAAAGCAUGAGGUGAAUUUAUCAGAUAAAAAUGUUUUCCAGUGUUAUCAGCUGUGGUCUUCAGUGUGUAGUACUCUGUGUGUGUGUGUCAACAAUCCUCAAAAUGAUGAAAAUCAAACGUUUUGCUGUUCACUUUUUCCACAUGCUAAUGACUGGCUAACAAAUUCCAAGAAACCUGAGAUAAUUCGCCCUCUCUGCUCAUUUAUUGCAUUCACUCUUGCAAAUAACACAUAUGUCCAGAAAUACUUUAUAUCUGUGGGUGGACUGGAUGUAUUGUCUCAAGUUCUUGUGCAACUGGAAUCUGAUUCACACAAGACUCCUUGCAGUGCUAAGCUUGCAGUGGUGGUGACAAAAACAGUGGAUGCAUGUAUUGCUGAUAAUCCUACUUUCGGCAUUAUACUAUCUAAGUACCACAUUGUUUCAAAACUUCUGGCAUUACUACUUCAUGAAAGUCUGGAUUCAGGAGAAAAAUGUAGCAUCAUACUUACUCUUGGUCAUUGCACAGAGGAUUGUGAGGAAAAUCAGUAUGACCUUUUUAAAAACAAUGGGCUUCCACUCAUGAUACAAGCCUUAACUGACUCGCAGGAUGAAGAACUAAACAAAGCUGUCACUUUUGUGCUUCACAACUGCAAAAAGAUUACUGAGAAAUUAUUUCUAAGCAUAGGAGAAUAUUCUUUUGAUGAAAAUGAAGCAAAACAAUUACAGGACAUAAAUGUGAAAGAGAAGAAUCUUGAAUACUGGAAGAAUGCGAAGGAAAUUCUACACAGAAUAGAACGGCUUGAAAGAAAAGGAAAUGAGGAUGAAAUACAGAGAGACAAAUAUAAGGAUAUUUCAUCUGUGAACAAAAAUACUCAAAAUACAUUGAAACACCUGCCUGCAGAUAUUAUCGGUGGAGGUUUUAAAGCAGAGGAUAAGGAUAAAAGCCAGUCUGGAAAGCUUCAGAGUUACAAGUCCCAUGGAGUCAUAUCUAAAGCAUGUACAAAUGAUAACCAAAUGGAGACCCUGUUAAAGAGUGCAAAUCCAGUCAGUGCUUGUUAUAAGGGGAGUGAGCAGAAAACAACUUUAUGUAAAGCCAAUUCAAGCUGUAAUCAAAACUUACAGAAAAAAACAGCUUUUGAAAAAAAGAAUCUUGUUUCUCAGUCAAGUGACCAUGUUUUUAAACAUCCAACUCCCGCUGUCAAAAAUAGAAAGCAACAGUUACCAGUAACAGAUCCAUUUACAUUAUGUUCAGAUAUAAUAAAUAAAGAAGUCAUCAGUUUUCUAGCAACCAAAAAUUGUUCCAAAAUGUUGAAGUAUAGAUGCUCAGGUUGUAUAGCAGUAGGAAAAUGCCUGAAUAGCCGAAAUUUUAGCAAGCUCUUGCACUCUUGCCCAUACCAGUGUGAUCAUCACAAAGCCAUUUUGGAAGCUGAAGACAGAUACAAAAGUGCACUAAGGAAAUCACUUAUCUGUAAUAAAAAAAUUCUGCUGACCCCACGUAGGAGACGGCAACUCAAUAAUGAAUCUACUACCCCUGAAGGAAUAAAAAAAAGAAGAAUUCGCAAAAACUUUACUGAAGAAGAAGUAAAUUACCUUUUCAGUGGAGUUAAGAAAAUGGGAAAUCACUGGAAUUUAAUUUUAUGGUCUUACCCCUUUCAGCAAGGACGGAAGGCUGUGGACCUUGCUCACAAAUACCACAAGCUGACCAAACGCCCCAAGUGUGCGGCUCCUUGAAAGGAAGAAUUGUCAGUUUUUAGUUUGAACUCCUAAAAUACAGUGCCUUGAAGAUACAAAAAUUUAAAGUACUCUUCCAAACUCUUAUGAAACUGGGAGUGUGGAAAUGGGGAGACUGUUUCAGUUAAAUACUUUUUGCGAUGCUGUAGUUCAUCCGAUUAUUAAAAAUAAUUUAUAUAACAAAUUGGUUUUUAAUGUGUAGAUUAGUAAGACAAAGUUCCUUUAUAAGGGCAAACAUUUGUUUAGGCAUAUGCUUUUAUUUUUCCUUAAGCUGAAAAAACAUAGGUGAGAGGAAAAAAAAUGGCCAGCCUUUAAACAUUAUUUGACACUAUAUUGCAACUAAUACUAUGUAAAUCAUUUGGAUUUGAGUAUUCUGACCCAGUGAAAUUCCCUCCCCAGAAUUUAGAGAAUAUCCCAAGCCACUCAAGUGAGGUUCUCACCCCCAAACUCAAUGUUUGACAUUUUAUUAAUUUUGUUUGCAAUUCCUUUGAAUACUCCCAGGUUCUCUGGUCAGGUUCACUUCUUUUUGGUGAACAUUUAUGUGCUUUUGCUUUUUAAAAGUUUAAACCAAUUUUUUAUUGUUUCUUUUUUAAGUUUUCUUCUAGUAGAAAACCAAACAGAUAUCAUUCUAUUUUUCUUACUCUUUUUAUUUUCCAUCAUGAUCCCCGAAGGAUGCUUUGGCAGCCUCCAUUAUACUUGAAAUGUUGUUGCUGUGGCAUAGUGAUCAGGUAUCAGGGUCUGAAAGCUCAGCUGUGCUUAGGUACCCAUUGCUUCACUACUUCAUGUCAUUGUAGUAGAUUAUUCAAUCCCAAAGGGUAUUUUCCUGUAAGUAUGAUUCUUUGACUUUUGCAGAUCAUGACAAUUCUUAUUAGAUAAAGCAGAAUUUUUAUUAAAUUUAUUUUCUGGUCCACAAUGAAAAUUCCAGAGGGUCAAUAAGAAGAAAAUUUUCUAUUUAAUCCAAAUUUUCCUUUAGGCAAAAGAAUAAUUUACAAUUAGGAAAAUUCCUUGCAGUAUUUAAAUGAAUCUGUCAGUAUUUCCUAAUCCCUAUGGGGAUGAUUUAAACAGUGUGCUGGAUUAUUUUGAUUUGUACUUCUCAAGAUUUAUGAAAGCUGUUUUAGGUCAAAGGGAAAACAUUUUGUCUGUUGCUUCAGUCUUACUGGCUUAGAUCAUCAGAAAAUUUCUCUUACCAUUGUUUAGAUAAUGUUUAGAUUAAACAUCUAAUUUUAAUCAUUAGAUAAUAUCUAGAUGUUUAGCUUAAACAUCUUUUUCCAUUUUUAGUGGGUCUUAGGUAAUAGUUCUUUUAUUGACUGGACAUUGUUUAUGUAAUGGAAAAAAUCAAACACUGUUUCCAGAAGUAUUCCCAAGAAUAUAGCAUACAGUAGCUUAGACACUGUUUUAUGUCGGUCACUAACACUUA